AUGCACAUUUCAUCCUAUAUCAAACAUGCCCAGGUUCGAGAGCGCCUGCCGACGCUGCUGGGCGUGGUGCGCAUGCGCAACCUGUACGGCGCCCUCAGCCUGGGGCAGCUGGAUCCAGAGGCCGGCUGGGUGGAGCGGCGGGUGAUGCUUGAGCCGCGCGGGCUGCAGCUUGGCGAGCGGGCCGCGGCGCAGGAGGAGGAACAGCAGGAGGUGGAGGCAGCGGAUGACUGGGAGAGCCCUGCCAGCUGGGAGGUGGCGGUGUCACCAGAGCACGACGCCGCCGACGGCGUGCGGGCGCCCUCGCCGCCUGCGUCAUCGCUGCAACGGGCCAAGGAGUACGUUGAGUCCCUGCAGUUGGGAGGCCAGCAGCCCUUUCUCAUCCUGGAGAUCCGGCGGGUGCACUUGGCCCAUGAGACGACGCGCGGCAGCAGCGGCGGGCGCCGUGCUGGCGGCGCUGCGAGCGCACGCGGCGCUGGGGCCGACGCAGCCGUGCUGCCGGAGAUGCCUCUGGAGCCGCCUCUGCAGGCGGCCGCGCAGAUCUAUGCGCAUGGCGGUUUUCUGGGGGCGGCGUACAGCAUGGCGUCAGAUCCUAUCUGGGCAAAGGUGCUCGCCGACCUCGAUCCGCGGGCCGCACGCGACGUGUCAGCGCUGCUGCAGGCCGCGCGGCUGCACCGACAACCGCGGCUCGGGCCAAUCAUGGUGCUGCUGGAUAACUCGCCGGUGCUUGCCGCGUAUGGCAUGGUUCGCAGCGGCUGCUGCGACCAGCUGCGCGGCCCGCCUCGCAUCGUGCGCGCCCGCACCAGCGGUGGCGGGAAGUCGUCGCUGCACGUGGGGCACGCGGCAGCAGCGGCGGCGGCAGCGGUGCCGUCCGUGCCGGCGGGGCCGCGGCGGCCGUCGCCGUUCCAGCAGGCGCAGCAGCAGCAGGUCAUGCUCAUGUUGGGGAGCGGGGACGCGGCGGCUCGGGUGGGGGCGGUUGCGCCAGACGCAGACGGCGCGUCCGUCGCGCGCGCGCUGGAGAUGCUGUACUAUGGCGACCAGUCGGGCCUGGAGUGGCAGAGCGGGGAGAUCCCGCAGCACCUGCUGCCAGAGGACUGCUUUGGCGGCGGUCUGCGACUCAGCGGGGCCGGCCGCGGCGGCGGCCCGCUCGGCACGCUGGGGCCGCUGGGCGUGCCGUCGCUGCCGCAGAUGGUCCUUAAGGGCACGCUCAGCGCUCCAUGUGGCGUCGACCCCAGCGGGCCUCGCCGGCUGCAGCGGCCGACGAUGCGGACGAUCGCGGCGCGGCACCUGCCGCUGCUGAGCGCGCGGUCGCAGCGCAACAGCACCAGCGGGGACUCCAUCAAAAGCUAUGACGGGUCAAAGGCCAACGGCGCCAUGCGAUGGGGCGACGUGGCGGCGCUGCGGUCAAAGGCCGAGGACGGCGGGAAGCACAGGCUGCUGGACGCCAUGCUGAAGCGCAGCAAUGACUUUGGCUACUCCCCAGUGGCUGUCGAGUGGGACAUCUGGGUCAGCCCCAGGAAGCCGUGGGACCUGGCACGCGCGCGAAUCGACCACGGCACUGUUGGGCAGUUGGUGGUCCAGGCUGUCACUUCGGGUGUCGGCCUCAAGCGCGUGGCCAAGCGCCUGGGAGAGGCCCAAAUCGAGCGCCGCGGCGUGUCGCCCGCCGCGUGGCUGGGGCUGUUUGGGCGCGCCAUCAACAUGGGCGCGGGAUGCCCCAAGGGGCUGGAGCUUGGGAUGCCCAGCGAGAAGCUGCCAUGGUACUGGCUGGUAGCUGUUGAGCAGCUGCUUGUCCAAGGCCUGCCGCCGGGGACCAUCUACAACGUGCGGAUGGAGGUGGUCAAUUCAUCCCUCAACGUGCCAGCCAAGCAGCUGGCGAACCUGGAGUCAAAGGCAGGCAACGGCGUGCUGUCCUGGACCUCCGACGACUUCAGCGCCGCCGCCCUCGCGCCCGGCGCCGCCUCGCCGCCGCCGCCCCCGCAGCUCUUCUCCAAGGGCAAGCGGCUGCUGGCAGUGGGACGCGUGCCGCUCGCCCAGGUCGCGGCCGCGGCCACGGCCGCGGAGUUGACGGGCGGCGACUCAGAGGCGGCGCAGACCCUGAAGGUCUGCCUGGUGCCCGUGGCGCCCCCCUCGCGCCGCGGCCUGUCGCAGCUGGGGACCGCCCGCGGCCUGCGGCAGCGGCUCGGCAGCCGGCGCAGCAGCGACGCGGACUGCGGCCACGGCGGCAACCAUGCCGAGUGCUCGCACUGCAGCUUUGUGUCGUGCAACUCGAGCAGCGUGCACUCCGCGGCGGGGGACAGCAGGCAGCUGCCGCCGCAAAUGCAGCACGCGCAGCCGCAGCAGGCUGCCAUGCAGCAGCAGGCCCAGGAGCAGCAGCGUCAGCAGGUCAAUCAGCGCAUAGAGCAGCAGCAGCAGCAGCAGCAGCAGCAGCAGCAGCAGCAGCAGCAGCAGCAGCAGCAGGAGAAGCAGGAGCACGCACAGCGGCACAAGCCAGAGCGACAUCAUCACCAGCAGCAGCACCACCAGCAGCAACACCACCAACAGCAGCAGCAACAACAGCAGCAGCAGCAGCAGCGGUCAGAGUCGGGGUCCCCAUUUGCACGGGCCGCGUCUUUGGGGUCUGGCGAGGCUAGCAGCGCAGCCACGCUUACGGCGCCGCAGCCCGUUGCGCCGCUCUCCCGUCUGGUGCCCGCACGGUCCGGCCACUCCGACCGGGACAGGGGCCUGCCGUUGUCAGCAGUCCGUGAGGACGAUGACGCCGCGGCUGGCAUCGCCGCGGCCGCAACCACGGGCGUUACCAGCCACCGACCGAGCUCCGGCUGGCGGCGCACCCAUGGCGAGGCGGCGCAUCAGGAGCCACCAGGCGCGGGUGCAGGUGCGGGCACAGCGGCAGAGGGCGGCGUGGGGCUGGGCGUGUGGGACGACCGCCUUGACGCCUCCAGCAGCGACGGCGAGGCGGACGAGGCGCCUGUGGGGGCGGCGGCGCAGCAGGCCGCCAGCCGGCUGCCCCUCGGGCUGGGGCGUGGGCUGAGCAACCUGGGUCUGGGGCCGCUGCAGCAGCAGGGCAGCCUGCCGCUGCGGGGCCAGGGGCUGAGCCUGCGGGCCCAGCACAGCCUGCGGGCCCAGAACUCGUCCUUGCGGGAGCAGCCCAGCUUCCGGGAGCAGCAGCAGCGCAGCCCGACGCUGCGGGAGCAGCAGAGCCUCAAUGUGCGCGCCCACGGCAGCCCGAAGCAGCGCGACCACGAGCAGCAGCCGGCAACGCCAGAGUCGGGGUCCAGCCUGAGCGCGCGCCUGGUGGACGCGGGGCGGCGGCUGAUGCCGUCCCUGCUCGGCAGCGGCAACGGCGGCGGGCCCGGGCCGACGCCGCUCGUCGAGAUCCGGCUGACGAGCCGCGCAGCCAACGCGCCGCCGGCGCCGCUCGGGACGAGCCUGUCGGCCCCGCCCGGCGGCCCUGGGGCGAGCGACGCCGCCGCGGCGGCGCCGGGCCACUUGGGGCUCUCGCGGGAGGCCUCGCCGGACGUGCCGCACAAGCAGGCAGCGGAGGCGGGCGACGAGGCGGAGGAGCGCGACUCUGGCGACCCCCUUGCCCGCGCGGGCAGCGGCUGCGUCCCCGGCGUCCUGGAGGCCACGAUCGUGCUGCGCCCGCGGCGUGUGAGCGUCCUCGACGCGUCGAUGCAGCUGCUGGGCCUGCGGCGGGAGGAGGCGCGCAGCUGCCUGGCGCUGCUGGGGGCGCCGCCGGGGGGCGUGUUCCUGGACGUCAAGAGCGCGUAUAGCAACCCACGCGACCUGGAGCAGUUUUGCGCGGUGCUGGCCGGCGUCGGCGUCUCUGUGCGGGCGGUCUGCAGCUUCUCGCCGCGCCAGCUGGCGUUUCCCAGCACCCCCGGGGCACCGGCGCCGCCGUUUGACACGCUGCGCUUCUUCCAUGGCAUCAACGGCCUGGAGGCCGCGACGAUGCGCGGCACCGUCCCGCGCGGCUGCCGCCUCCUGAUCAACGGCGCGUCGCUGCUGCUGGAGGAGGGGGAGACCAACGACGACCAGCUGCUGUGGGGAUCCCCAGACUCCCGCGGCCGCGCCCCGGCGGCCUCGGGCGCGGCGGGCUCGUCGCGGCAGCAGCGGCCGCCGUCGUGGGCGGGCGCGGGUGGGGCGUGGGGGCUGGCGGGCGGCAGCUUGGUAUGUGAGCUGUCCUGGAUGCGGUUCAGGGCGAUGGUGGACGGGCUGGAUCUGGUGUGCGGCAUCUACGUCCAGGAGCGCGACGCGUCCACUGCCGCGGUGCAGGCGCUCGUGCAGCUGGUCAACGACAACCCCGCGUACCUGCCCCUGGGCUUUGCCUAUGGCCACCUGCGGGACCGCGUCUUGCCUUACAUCAGCGUGGGGGGCCGCGGCUACGCGGGGCAGGAGGUGCUGGAGGAAUUCCAGGCCAAGCAGGACCUGGCGCGGGAGGCCAAGGCAGUGAUCGACGAGGGCCGCCACGUCAGCGCCAACCGCCACUUUGUCGUUGCCUGCGGCCGGCGGCUCAUCGGCGCGGGGCGGUGGCUGCUGUCGCGAUCAAACCAGCGGUUUUUCCUGCACCUGCUGGCGGAGUACCAGGCCCCGGGGGGCGCGCCAGACCUGCUGCGCGUGGUGGACGAGUGCGGCGGCGUGAGGCACGUGAUCUACCGCUUCUUCCGCCACUACGACGGCUACUCCACGCUGACUCUGCUGGAGCAGGGCUUCAACUUCGACCACACCAAGGCGCUGCUGCGGCUGCUGCGCAACCGUGGCGUGCUCGCGGCGCUGCCCGUGGCCGAGAAGGAGCAGCUGGCGGCGUGGCUGGCGGGGCGGCAGCUGUACGGGUCGGCCACGUACUUUGUGCAGAUCGCGGGGCUGCGCAAGGGCCUGCACAAGCUGGCCAAGGAGGGGCUGGUGUGCCUGAUGGAGAGCUGCAACCUGCAGGAGCGCCUCGCGGUCGAGUUUGCUGCAACAAGCGGCCGCCCAGAGCGCCUGCGCCUGCUGCUGCGCGGCUGGACCUGGAUAUCGUGGCACUUCGACGCGCGCGCGCGCGCCACUGCCGCGCUGCACCGGCGGCAGCCAGAGGCGCUGGCGUACCUGCAGCCGGGGGCGUACGGCUUCAAGGUUUACAGCCGGCAGCCGCUGGAGGGGCAGCCGUUCACACUGCGGCCGACGCACACGCGCGAAAAGGGGCUGGCGGAGCAGGGCUGGUGA